AUGGAGUAUUUGUCCAGAACUCUAAAGACACUUCAAGCUAAGCCUGAUUUCAAUUACCACCCUAAGUGUGAAAAGCUAAAUGUGGUCCAUCUCGGAUUUGCCAAUGACUUGUUGCUGCUUUGUCGAGGUGAUAAAUGGUCUAUUCAGAUGCUAUAUGACUGUUUUAGUGGGUUUUCUAAAGUGUCAGGGCUGGUGGCUAAUGUAUCCAAGAGUUCCAUCUAUUUUGGAGGGGUUAGCUUGACGGAUACGAGAGAUAAUCCGAGCCCUUGGGUUUGCAAGAGGAGAACUCCCUUUCAAAUAUUUGGGGGUCCCCUUGAGCUCAAAAAAGAUAUCCAUAGCACAAUGCUAACCCUUACUCGAAAAGAUGAUAGGUGUAUUGGUCGCAGAUUUUUGUACUCCCAAAAAAAAUACUCAAGCUCAUUAUGCACUGCCUGUCGAACAUACUUGUGGAAUGGAGGGACGGAUAGCUCAAAAAAAGCAUUGUUAGCUUGGGAAAUCAUCUGCUCACCCAAAACAGCAGUUGGAUACAAUGUGACUGACCUCCAUAUAUGGAAUAGGGCAUUAUUUGCUUCAUGGGUUGUGAGCAAGAUCAUAAAGGCCAAGAAGUACAUGGAUGGUACUGGAUUGACUAUGGAUGAGUUGCUAACAUGGAACUCCUACUCGAUUAAAAAAGUAUACUUGCAAAUGAGAGGGGUAUUUCAGAAGGUAGAUUGGAGGAAGAUAACGUGCAACAAUGAUGGAUUACCAAAGUGGCAGUUCCUACUAAAUUUGACUGCCUGCCCCUAUUCUUCUAGUGUAUGGAAAAAACUGCUCCAAUGGCAAGGCAUAAAUAGAGCAGUAUUAGAAUGGCAAGACGAACUCCAAUGGGCAAUCGCCAAUGCAUCUGGGCACUCAACAGCCGCUAUGGUAUAUAGAAUGACCGUAGCUGCUUGCAUAUACCACCUGUGGACAGAGAGGAACACGCGAUUUUCCAAGCUAAGAGUCGACCAUCGAAUCCAAUGGUCAGGCAGAUCAUACAAGAAGUGGUGUAAAGGGGAAGCUUGA